AUGACCCCACGCUGGCGGAAGCGCUACGACAGGCGCAGGCAGAAGGAAGGGGGUGCAGGGCCCCGAUUUGUGCUAAAGGGGAAUUUGCUAUACCGACUGCCACCAAGCCAAAACCCUGAGGAGAUAGAGGCUCAGCUGGUGGUACCGAGGGCACUGAGGGGAGAGGUGAUGAGACUAGCCCAUGAAAGCCCGCUGGCAGGUCACUUGGGGGUGGAGAAGACUACUCAGCGGGUGAUCCAGCGAUUCUUUUGGACGGGGGUGUUUGCGGAAGUGAAAGCGUUUUGUAAUUCGUGUCCCCACUGCCAACUCUUUCAAGGGAAAGGACCUCCAGGGGCGCCUGCGCUGCCUGGGAAAAAGCCUGUAGCAGAAGUUGCACCAGAUCAGAAGACUGAAAACAAAUGGGCAUCAGAUCCAAAGAAUGAAAGUAAAGGGGAAACAAAGUCAAGUGAAACAAAAAAAAAACAGUGGUCACUGGAUGACUUUGAAAUUGGACGUCCCUUGGGCAAAGGGAAAUUUGGGAAUGUGUACCUGGCUCGUGAAAAGGAGAGCAAGUUCAUUCUGGCACUGAAAGUCUUGUUUAAGUCACAAUUGGAAAAAGCAGGUGUUGAACAUCAGCUGCGUCGAGAGGUGGAAAUACAGUCUCACCUUCGGCAUCCCAAUAUACUUCGCUUAUAUGGCUACUUCCAUGAUGCAACAAGAGUCUACUUAAUCCUAGAGCAUGCACCUCGAGGAGAAGUAUACAAAGAACUCCAAAAGCUUUCCAAAUUUGACGAGCAGCGAACAGCGACUUAUAUGACUGAACUGGCGGAUGCUCUAUCUUACUGUCACUCGAAAAGAGUAAUUCAUAGGGACAUAAAGCCUGAAAACCUACUGCUGGGAUCAAAUGGAGAGCUAAAAAUUGCUGAUUUUGGAUGGUCCGUGCAUGCUCCAUCCUCUAGGAGAUCAACUCUGUGUGGUACCCUUGACUACUUGCCACCUGAAAUGAUUGAGGGUAGAACACAUGAUGAAAAGGUAGACCUGUGGAGCCUUGGUGUCCUGUGUUAUGAAUUUCUGGUAGGAAAGCCACCUUUUGAGGCUGAAACAUACCAGGAAACAUAUAGAGCUAUUUCAAAGGUUGACUACAAGUUUCCUCCUUUUGUAACGGAAGGUGCUCGGGAUCUGAUCUCAAAGCUUCUGAAGCAUAACCCAUACCAGAGGUUGCCACUAGAAGAGGUGCUAAAACAUUCAUGGGUUACAACACACUCUACAAAAUCUCCCAAGCAUAGAAUUGCUGAAGGCACUGGGGCUACUGCUGCUACUACUAGCACUACUGGCACAGUCAAAAUGCAGUCAUAGCAUGGAGUGCAUCACAGUUCACAGCAGUGAAAUACAUGUGAUGGCAACCACUGUAUCGCAGCCAAUAUAGGAAGCACAGAAUUGGGACUUGAAAACUGGUUCAAAUAUCUUGCAUUAUAACCCAUUUUGUGAAGAUUAUGGAAUUUGAGCCAUGGUUUCAUUGCAUUUCCAUUGAGUUUCAGGUCACAGAAGUUUAUGAAAAACUUUAACAUACUUAAAGUCCUCUUGCACAUGAUCCAAACCUUUUGAGGCACAAAUAGUUGAGGUUUUUCUCAUCCAUAUGGCUGCUAUUCCUGUUUUGAUCCUCCUUGCUGCUUCAUAGCAACAUAAAAUUUGUCAUGGCUUGUUGGAACAGUGCAAUAGCAUCCCUCAGCACCCUCACAGACUGAAGUUAAAUGCACAUGGAUAUGUGAAAUGGAAUCUUACUCUGUAAAUAACUGUCUGCCUUUGGUAAUGAUAUUCUUUUAAAUAAAAAUUUUGAAUAAUAUUCUACUGUGUAGGGAUGGCUUCUUUGUUAUUUGCUGCCCCAAAGUCUGACUACAGGUCAUUUAAGUAAAUGGCAUGUUUUCUGCUUGGAUGAAAUCUGAUAAUGUACAAUUGACUGUCCAUUUAAAUAGUAUAUUCUUGGCUUUAAGUUAUCUUUAACUUAUAGAUGAAAUAAAACAGACCAACUUGAAAUUAGUCUUAAUGUCAAACCAGAAUGAGUUCUGUCUAUCCUUUGUUUACUAAAAUGGUAUGGAUGGAACAAUUGUUUUAAACUGCUGUGAAAUCUCAGUACUCAAGUGGCAGACAGACUAAUCAGCGUUAAUGUAAAAUGUAAACUGUAAACUGAUGUGAUUUGUUGUAAAUGCUUAUACUUGGUUGACCUACUGUGGUACAACCUACUGUAAAUUUCUUAAGGUUGGUGAAGUGUUCAAUGGCCACACUUAAGGUACCUCUUUGUUGUUUUUAAUUACGGUAAAUACAAAAAGUUAUCUUAUGCAGAUUAAAAACAAGAUGAAUUAUAUUUUUUCAUUAAAUCUUAAAUAAAUUACCCCCAUUCAUUGACAAAAUCCUUAUACUUGAUUAUUAAACUGUAUGGAAGAAUCUUAAACUAAUAUUUAAGUGGACACUUGCAGUAUCUUGAUUAUAGUGUUGACUACAUUCAAAUAAAUGUCUACAGAGUGUUAA